AUGAGAAACCUUGGGGUAUUGCGGCGUUUACAAGCGUCUGCCAACAACAAGACGCUUCUGUCUGUAAUUACAUCACAAACAUCAUCAGUUCUCUGCAAAACAUCAUCACCAUCGUUCAUUCAAAAACGAUGCUUUUCAUCAAGAUUUAGCUUGGUAAGAGAGGACGCAAAAGACAACAAAACUAGCAAUGAAAAAUCGGAUGAUUUAAAUUUUCCUUCAACAACAAAUGACAAUGACUUCAUUGCUAUCAUUGAAGAAAAGCAAAAAGGAGCAAAAUUUACUUCUGAAAUGUUCGAUACUCUUGUGUUGUACCUAAGGAAUCUUUCAACACAAAAGAGACAAAAAGUAAUACAUUGGCUAGCCACCGAAAAGAAGGAAAUUAAGUUAGUGAGAAAGAUUAAAGAAGCCUUCAUUGGUAUGAGCCUUCUCAAAGCCAACAUGAAUCUUCAAUUACCAAGAGCAAUCCAAAAGGAAAGAAUUUGGGCCAAAUACAUCAACUUUGGUAUGAUUCCAAGCACUCUCUCUCAACCUGCGGAUAGUGCCUUCAAUAGAUUCAAAGUUAAACAAUUAUACGACUUUAGCAAAUUGAAAGGUCAAGCAGAUUUGGAUGAUAUGGAUGAAAUGGUCGAGGAUGAUGUCGAAAUUAGACGAGAGACUGAUGAGGAUGAAACAGAGGAGCAAUACAGCAUGAGAGACUCUUUGGAUGAUGAUGAUGAUCACAUUGAUGAUAACCUCAAGGAUAUUCAUGAUGAAUUAGAAAGUAUUAACGAAAAUGAAAUGUUUGAUGCUCUGAGGAUUAAAAAAGAUUAUAUCAGAUUCCAUGAGUUGGUUCGUGAGAAGGUUGAAGAAGAUCCUGAAAGGGUCAUUCCAAUUGAAACUUUUGAACGUACCUCUGAUGACCUAUCUCAAUUAGGAACCCCUAAACAAAAGAGAUUUAGCAGAGAAAAGCAAGAGUCAGAGGACGCAAUCAAAACGUUGAGUGAAAAACUUUUGAAACAAGAAAGGGAUGACAUUACCGCACCAUAUUUUUUCUAUCAAUUUGAUGAAAGACAAGUUUCUAAACAAAUGGAAAAUCUUCAAGCUAUUACAGAAGGGCGACCAUUGAAGCAUGAAGUUGGAGUGCAAUUGCAACCUACUUAUGACAAUUUCGCUGGAGUUGAAAAAGGCUAUUUUGGAGAUGUUGAUAUUGAUGCUGAUUGGGAUGAAUCACUUUAUGAAUACAAUGGAGAACCACCUGUCACACCUCCUCUUGCUGAUGAUAUUCAAGAUCCUGAAAUCUAUCAUGGCCAAAAGGAUGCUAUUACAGAUGUUUCUUUCGAAGAAAAGGUUCUAAAACUUUCCAGAAAUUGUAAAAUGACGACUGGUGGAAGAGUUGAAUCUUACAACUGCUUGUAUUUGGUGGGAAGCUAUAGUGGUUUGUGUGGUGUUGGUUUUGGAGCAGCUGCAUCCCCUGCUGUUGCUCAGGCUAAGGCCAGAAAGGCAGCAUAUAAGAACAUUAGAAGUAUUGAACCUGGCGCAUGCAUUCCACGUUCUCACUUAAUUGAAGGAAAAUUCGGUUCAUCAAAAAUUAGAAUUCAUCCAAGUACCAAAGAACAACCAACUGCCAACCCUAUUUUGAGAAAACUAUGUGCAUAUCUUGGCCUUAAAUACUGUUCUGUCAGACUUUAUGGAAGUAGAAACAUUUUGAAUGUCAUUCCAGCUUUCUUCCAAUGCAUAGAUCAACUCAAAACACUCGACAGUGAAGCAUCCAUGCGUGGUGUUAUGCCAGUUUAUGUGAAAAAAGAGUUUGGCGACUACAUGGAAAGAGUAAGAGCAGGAAAAGGAUUGUACGGAUGGUAG